CCGACCUCCAGAGGCGCCUGACGGCCGGCGACUGCUGGGUCCGCCGCGGGACCCGCCUCUAUGACCUGAGUGACUUCGUGCGACACCACCCGGGGGGCGAGCAGCUGCUGCGGAUGCGGGCUGGGCAGGACAUUAGCGCCGACCUGGACGGGCCUCCGCACCGACACUCGGCCAACGCGCGCCGCUGGCUGGAGCAGUACUAUGUGGGCGAGCUGCGACGGGACCCACAGGGUCCCUCGGAGAAGGAUGCCCCUGCCCCAUGCUCUGCAGAGAAGCAGAAGGCGGGCCCCGACAUGGAAGUGAGGCCGCGUGAAGCGGAGUGGGAACAGGACCUGGUGGACUGGCAGAAGCCGCUGCUGUGGCAGGUGGGCUACUUGGGAGAGAAGUAUGAUGAGUGGGUCCACCAGCCGGUGCUCAGGCCAAUCCGCCUCUUUCACUCAGACCUCAUUGAGGCCCUCUCCAAGACUGUCUGGUACAGUGUUCCCCUCAUCUGGGUUCCCCUGAUGCUGUACCUUAGCUGGUCCUGCUACCGAAUCCUCGCCCAGGGCAACGUGCGGCUCUUCACGUCCUUCACCACAGAAUACUCGGUUCCCGUGCCCAAGUCCAUGUUCCCGGGCCUCAUCCUGUUGGGAAUGCUCUUCUGGACCAUCCUUGAGUACCUCAUCCACCGCUUCCUGUUCCACAUGAAGCCCCCAAGUGACAGCCACUACCUCAUCAUGCUGCACUUCAUGUUGCACGGCCAGCACCACAAGGCUCCCUUCGACGGCUCCCGCCUGGUCUUCCCACCUGCACCUGCGUCGCUGGUGAUCGCCUUCUUCUACAUGCUGGUGCGCCUCCUCCUGCCGGAGGCAGUGGGGGGCACUGUGUUCUCCGGGGGCCUCCUAGGCUAUGUGAUCUACGACAUGAUGCACUAUUACCUGCACUUCGGCUCGCCGCACAAGGGCUCCCUGCUGUACAACCUAAAGACCUACCACGUGAAACAUCACUUUUCCCACCAGAAGUCAGGAUUUGGCAUCACCUCCAAGCUGUGGGAUUACUUGUUCCACACCUUGGUCCCAGAGGAGCCCAAUCUGAAGACCCAGUGACCACGGUGCCCAGCCCUUGGUCCUGCCCCACCCCCACCCCUGCUGAGAAGGUUUGCUUGGCUACACAACAACGCAGGCUUGGUGGCAGUUGCUGGGGAGACCUCGAGCCAGGACUUGACCUCCUGACCCACCUCGGGGUGGCAGAUGGUCCUUGGGGACAGGCUCUUCCCUGGAGGAAACAUCUCAGCCUCUCCGCCAAGAGCCUCAGGCCACAGGAUUGCUCCAGGCCCCGCCCACCACGGCCACUCUCAGGGGCAUGAAGGGAACUGAUCCCUGGCAGUGGACAUCCCAACAGGUCAGCCCCAAGAUGGGGGCCUGCGGAGGGCAGGGGGGGCGCUGAGAACACCACCACCACCACCCCUGCCUCCUGGCACUUCCUGGAGAGCUUGGUGCUCCUGGGGAGGGGUGCCGAGGUGAGGUGGGGCUCUCACGACUGGACACCUCCAGGGAGAGCUGCCUGGCCAGCUUCAGAGCUAUCCACGGAUCCAGCUAUUGGGCUAGAUGCCUUCCCAGGGCACCACCCCACCACCCGCCCAGCCUCGCCAGCCCUUGCAGUGGGCCGAGGUGCAGCGUGGUGGCCUUGGGGCUGAGGGGAGCCCAGACCCCUGUCUUUCGGAACCAACAAUUGCUCCAGCCAGAACCACACAGGUUCUCCCCACGCGCGCGGCUGAAGGUGGUCUAUCUCUCGGGCAGAGCCCUCCCCCAGCUCUGCUUACUCGAGACCCUCCCUGCCAGGACCGCCUUUCACUGACAAGAAGCUUCUUGGGUGCCUUACCCCCACCUCUGGGUCCCUGCCCACCCACCCCCACCCCUACCCUGCAGACGAGAUCCAGAUGCCUCUGUGGCCUCACAACUGAAACCCUCGCUGCACAAAGAGGGUCUGCCAAUAGAUGGCAGCAACGGCCCGGGGCUGACCCAGGCCGAGUAGCUGGUCAGACCCGUCCUCUUUUUAAUUCUAAGUGUUGGUCCAACAUAAAAAUUAAAUAAAAACUGCUUUGCCUUAGUUUGGUCCCCCAAGCGAUUACUACUUGAAUCUUUUUAAAAACAAAACUUAAUGAGUGUAAAAACUAAGGAGAAGCCAUUUCAUCCUGUGAUUUGUAAUGUUUACUGCAGAGAUAUUUAAAGAUUUUGGAAUAAGUAACCCAUGACAACAGUUGUGAAAUAAAGAUGUAAAUAAAUUGUA